ACCACCAAUCCAUCAAUCAAUCAGUCACUGGAGCCCCUAUUUCUCUCUCUUCCGGAAAACUGUGUUAGGGUUUCUGUGAUUGAGCCUGCAAAAACUUCCUUGGUAGCUGAGUCUUCUCACUCAGGGGCACAAAAGAUUCCAUUGUUGGCUUCCACAUUAAAAUUUUGUCAGACAACAGGCAAAACGGGAAAAAUGGUGAGGGGGAAAACUCAGAUGAAGCGCAUCGAAAACGAAACGAGCAGGCAAGUCACCUUCUCCAAGAGAAGGAACGGCUUGCUGAAAAAGGCCUUUGAGCUUUCGGUGCUGUGCGAUGCUGAGGUCGCACUCAUCAUCUUCUCCACCAGAGGGAGGCUUUACGAGUUCUCCAGUUCAACUUCAAGAUGCUCCAGUAUAAACAAAACAGUUGAACGCUAUCAAAGGAAAAUCAAAGACCUUGGUGACAGCCACAAAGGAGUCCAUGAAAAUACGCAGAUUCUGAAGGACGGUGAUAUGAGCAUGGCAAAGACGAUCGAGCACCUAGAAAAUUCCAGAAGGAAGCUUUUGGGAGAUGAAUUGGAUACAUGCAGUCUUGACGAGUUACGACAGCUAGAGAACCAGCUCGAACACAGCUUGGAAAAAAUUAGGGCAAGAAAGAAUCAAUUGUUCAUGGAGCGAAUUGAGAAGUUAAAAGAAGAGGAAAAGUGCUUACUCCAAGCAAAUAAACGCUUACGCGAGCAGUACCUGAUUGAAAGAGGGCGUUAUUUGAGUGAUGAGGAUUUGGAAGUGGUGAAAAAGAAGAGGGAAGAAGAGGUGGAGACAGAGUUAUUCAUAGGAAGACCUGAGAAACAAAUGAAGUUAAAGUUGAAAGCAGCAAGCCAUGAUAGUGCUCAUAAAUACCUACACAUGCAAAAUUAACAUUACCAAUAUAAAUGCUACCUCACCACUUAAAUAUAAACCAGCAAGCCAUGAUAGUGAUAAAUAUAUGUAGUUCUUGUUCAAAUUCUCUAAUCACAACGCUGCUUGUGAACGUUUACUUAAAUAAUUCAUGUACAACACUCCUUCCAAUGCUCUUCUUGUACUCCAUCUUCCUCAAAUGUAUGAAAGUUCAU